GACGCGCAGACCGGCGUGAUAUAUGGACACGUUAUAGCGUCGAAUCCGUUACGAGAGGUUUAUAUCAGUCCAUUAGCUGCCAUUUUGAGCCAGAUAAGCUCAUGCUUUCUUACCACGACAGUAUCAUUACCUAAGCCAUUGCCACUACUAACUAGUCUAGCUACUUUGUGUCUCGAGAAGAAGCAAGAUGCUAGAGCCGUCAAGUUGCUGACUCACUUGGACUCGUUGAUCCGAUCUAUGGAGGAUGAAGGGCAAACUAGUGCAUUAGCAUCUUGGAGGAAAUCCAACGAACGUGAGGCCCUCUCAGCAUCAAUUGGCACUUUUUGGGAAGGAAAGAUAACUACCACAGAAGAGGUAUGCUUAUAACAAUAACGCUAAAACAGCGUGUGAUUGAUUGGCGGUUACUAAGGUUGAAAAGACUCAGAUCAUACAAAAGUUCGCCGAAAGCUUCACUCAUCCAUAUACCCGCAGCACAGAUUCCUCGCUCGAUAUUGAAAAUAGACCUUCUUUAGCAUCGACGAUGGCACAAUCUAGUACAGUACCGACGAAAAUUCCGGACGACUACCAGAACGAUGCUGAACUUGCCUCAAGUUAUCAAAGCAUCCAGCAGACUGGGGACAGCGGAUCAGAAAUUAGCACUAACACCAUCGAAACCGGUCGCUCCGAAUACCAAACGAAAUAUCUACUGUACCAAGGCAACCAGUCCACCCCAUAUGUCAACAACUUUGAUUCACUCCAACCUGAUCGGCCCGUCAUGGAGUCUACACCUGCCGUCUCUUCAUCAGAGCCGUCGUCAAUAGCUUCUACUUCUCAUGAAGUAGGCCCAACUCAGUCAGAAGAACACAAUAUAAACGAACUCGUUACCAUGUCAUCCACGUGGUCUCUUCGGACGGCUGGGUACCGUGCUGGCUGGGCUACACCAAGCGACUGGGCGAGCCAUCGGUCGUUGAUAACGGCUCUUUACAUAGAUCAGAAUAGGACAUUAAAGGAUAUUAUGCGAAUUAUGGAAGAAAAGCACAACUUUUUCGCAACUCUACGAAUGUAUAAGGCGCGCUUUAAGCAGUGGAGUAUCGAUAAGAAGAUAAAGGCCGAUGAUGCCGUCGAGGUCUUUCGUCAGCAGACAGCUCGGAUGAAUGCCGGCAAGCCCUCGGCCAUUUACAUAAGGGGCCGUAAGAUUGAUCCGGUCCGAUCUCAGAGAUACAAAUACCGUGCUGCUAGUAUCGUCUUGGAGCAAAUACAACAACUCGAUGAACAUAGAGCGAUCCCGUUGCCGUUGCUCUGCAAGUCAGAGCUAUCCUAUAGCAAUGAAAUUGCUAGUGUUCCCCAGAGGCUCACAGACCCUAUCGACACAAUGGCAUUUCGAGAAAGCAUGCAAAUUCUAGGGAACUACGUCGCUGACUUUCUCGAGGCUAGAAAUCAGCGAGUUACUAGCGAUGCUGUACUAAGUAGUAUUUUUACUUGGGACCAUUACUUGACUAUCUCACAAGCGUUUAUUGGUCGGAAUCGAGUGAGAGAGGGGUUUACUAUACUUGAGCUUUGCUUUAGCAAGUACAAAACAUACCUUCAGCAACCGGACUGGUUUUUCUGGCCCGUCACUUAUAAAGUGAUUGCGCAAUUAGCGUACAUACAUGACGAUCUCGCCAAUAUGUUCCUCGUAUACGCAUCGGAGCUUACGUCAAUAUUAUUGCCACCUCAGCAUCCAUUUAAUCAACUCUGGUCACGAAUCAAGAUAAUCGGCUUGUCAGGUCUUUGCCAACACGGAGAAGUCUUAUUAGAGUCCUAUUUACAUACCUGGGAACACUACGCCACUUCGGCUCGCCUGGACACUGCGGCCGUUGUACGAAUCGCGCUCUUCUUUAUUCAGCUCCAUUGCAGUGGCAGAAUCACAUACGCAUUUGUGCGAGACGCUCUUACAACGAUACUGGAGAGGCUACUUCCUCCAGGUAGAACUGUCGACUAUUUGCGAAACGAGACCAAUUACCGCAUGGCUUGUCUGUUGAUUAGCAAACGCAAGUUUAACCAAGCAGAGGACCAUCUCAAAGAGAUAAUGGCUUGGCUAGAUUUGCAGAAAGGUCAAGAGUAUGUCUAUCUUCGUGCCAAAUGCUUGUGGAGCAUGUUCAACAUCAAAGAUAAGACGAAGCAGCAUUAUGAAGCCGCUCGGAAAGGAUAUGAAGUACUGGGUCUCUACCAGGGAAUAUACGGAAAGCCCAGCUUGGAAACCUUGGAUAUAACAUCCAUACUGGAAGAUUUUAUGCGACGAACAGGCGAGGUCAUGGAGGCCGAAGAUCUAACUAAACUUUUCGAUGAAGGGUUGGCCGAAUUUUAUAAACAGGAAAAGGUUGACGGCCCGUUCCGAAAUACCAUCCCAUGGGCCCAACGACAUAUUGAAGUCGAAGAACGUCAGGAAUAUAUCCAGCAGAUAAUAGAUCUUCUGAAUAGUCAGCAGGGCGAUUAUUAUGGCUUACCGCAGCCAAUGAGGCUGGCAAAAGGGUAGUUAGGGUUUAGUCUUGAUAUAUUGAAGUACCUAGUAUAGGGUACAAGGGUAGCAAUACCGUACAUCUUCAUUUGACGACUUCAUCUGGAUAUUCUUUUAGGAUAUUCUGGAGCAGUUGAGAACUUGCAGAGAGCUGAGAUGUACAUAUCGCGCAUGUAACAGUAGCAUCGCCAACAGCCGGACUUUUUGGGGAGAGGCCCAAACGUUAUGCUGGACAACUGUUUCGGAAAUGACUCGCGUGGGUGGUCAUGCUGCGUAUCUAAAGCCUUUUAAUUCAUUAGCGGUUAUCUAAUGUAACGGGUGGUUAGAGUUGUAUCCAAUUAGUUUAGGAUGUAGAGCCCAUCGGCAAGCGCUUGACAUUGAUACUACAACGUCAACCAAAUUUAUUUAAAAAUGAUCCCGG